CAAGAUAAAAAAUCCCUCCUGGCACUCAUCGUCGCCUUAGCCUAUAUCCCUAUCGCAAGAGUUAGCUGGCAAGCAUCCGAAUCCAUCCACAACCACCAUGUCUUGUGUUCUGUAAACCUGCACGAUACAAAACCUUGCGGCGCACCUAGUCCACAAAAAGAAGCAAUCAAUGGAAAGUAUAAAUCACACAGUAAACCACUUGGUACUCAAGGUUAACAGCCAACCUCUACCACCCUGCCUCCGCGGGCCCGGCCAAUAUCCCUAAUUACCCCCUUACCCCCUCCUCUUAAAAAUCCCCAGAUUCAUGGAAAGCAAGCAUUAAUGCAUCCCGGACUGCAUCCCCGGAUUUGGCAAGACUGUCCGCAGCAUAAUUUGCCUCGCUUAAAGUAUGUAUUACAUCCCGACUCCUUCCCUUUGCUUUCAAGGCGUCAAUUGCAAGCAUUAUAGUUCUAUGGGAGAGUCAAGAGGUUUAGAGCGUCACUUUACUGUAUUGGUAGAAUCACUCUCAACAAUUGGAUUAUGCGACAAAACCCAUUUGGAUGCGACAAAAAUUGUGAGAACCUCCUUAACUGUCGACAUUGCCGCCCAGCCCAGUUUGCAUCUCCCAACAUUUCAAAGACGAAGUGGCAAGCUUACCUUCCAUAAAGGGAUCUGAACUAGCAGUGGAAAAAACUCAUCUCAACUUGAAAGAGAGAAUGAGUUUUUCAAAUACUGGAGAAAUGGCAUCCCCAACCUCAGUUUACAACAACAGGACUGAAGAGUUGAAGGCUUUUGAUGACACAAAAGCUGGCGUCAAAGGACUUGUAGAUGCUGGCAUAGUUAGCAUCCCCAAGAUAUUCGUACUACCUCCAGAGGAGCUUGCUGAGGAACCAAAUUCCUGCCAGAAAAACAUUGAAGCUCCCAUCAUAGACCUUAACAACAUCGAAGAAGGUAGCCGGCGUAAGGAGAUUGUAGAUGACGUUAGGAUUGCAUCGGAGAAGUGGGGAUUUUUCCUAGUAAUUAAUCAUGGGAUCCCUUUAAGUGUUCUGGAUGAGAUGAUUGAUGGAGUACGUAUGUUUAAUGAGCAAGAUGUGGAGGUGAAGAAAGAGGUCUAUAGCCGAGACACCAGGAAGAAAGUGAGAUUCAACACUAAUUAUGAUCUAUAUAAAUCACGAGCUGCUGAUUGGAGGGACACGCUGACCAUUUCUUUGCUUGCUGUCGAUCUUGACCCUGAGCUAUUGCCAGUGGUGUGCAGAAAAUCAACACUAGAGUAUGUUAAGCAUAUCAGAAAAUUAGGAGACACUUUGUUUGAGUUGCUAUCAGAGGCUCUUGGGCUUCAAGCAGACUACCUUGGCUCGAUGGAAUGUGCUAAAGAGGGCACCCUCGUGUGCCACUACUAUCCAGCUUGCCCCCAGCCGAAACUGACUUUGGGAGUAAGCAGGCAUGCGGAUCCAGGCUUCUUGACUCUGCUUAUACAGAAUGAAAUCAGCGGCCUCCAAGUCCUUCAUGAGGAUCAAUGGUUUGAUGUUCAUCCCAUUCAGGGAGGCUUGGUAGUAAAUAUUGGUGAUCUUCUCCAGAUUGUAUCAAAUGAAAGGUUCAAGAGUGUCGAACAUAGAGUAAUUGCCAACCAUGUUGGACCUAGGAUCUCUGCCCCAUGCUUUUUCGCAGGACCUCUUAGCAUGCCUGAGAAGACAUACAGUCCAAUACAAGAGUUGACAUCAGAGGCAAAUCCUCCACGAUACAAAGAAAUCCCGUUAAGGGAGUAUGUUGCCAGAUUUUACUCUAGCUCACUUGAUGAUGAGAAGUCUCCUUUAGAUUAUUACAAGCCAUGAAGGUUAAGCGCUUUUUUUAUUUUUACUUUUUUAUAUGAGAAAUCCCGUCAUGCUUUUUUUUCAUAUGAGAAUGAAAAGAAGGUUAAGCUUUUGUAAUUUUUUUCUCGCUAGUUUUUAUCUGUUUAUGUGGUCAUGUCUAUGCAACUUUAUACUAUGACUAUGCUAAUUUGUUCAAUAAUAAAUGACUGGGAAGUUCCCCCUGUAAAG